ACCCCUUUUAUAGGCAAUGCCAUUGCUUGCCCCAUGAGUUUACCUUAGUCUUCCUUGAUUAGUCUGCACUCAAAGAACAAGAGAGGCAGAGAACUCGUAAUUAUAAGCUCAACCCAAUUAUUUUUCUAUCAUCAACCAAGAAAAAUGUCUACACAGCAGCCUCAACAACAGCAGCAGCAGCAGCAGCAGCCUGUUGUCCUUUACCCAAACACUGUCGCAAGGCAGGCCCCAUCUUCCCACUCAAAUGGGUCAUUUGGAACCGUUUUUAUAGUCCUGGCAGUGAUUGUUGUUAUAUCAGCUAUUGCUUGCUGUCUUGGCAGGAUUUGCAACAAGCGUCUAAACAAGCAGAAAGUCAAUAACAACAAGCAAAGUCUGCAGCACAGCCAACACACUCCCACCUUUCGUACCAAGGAAAGGGAAAGCGAUCUUGAAUUUGGGUUUGACAAGGGAUUUCCAACAGCCAGGAAUUCUAACAUGAAAGGAUCAGACCCCAGAGGCCACAAGCCAUUCGGAAAUGGUCAUUUCAGUGGUAGAGGUGAAACAAACACUUCUGCUGGUGAUCAUGGCGAGCCCAAUGCUGCUCCAUGAAUGAGUUAAUUUCUUUGGUAUAUUCACCUACCUUGGCCUACGUGGCUGGUGCCGUUUCUAUCAAAAUCUGUUUCCUCUAAUUUCCAUUGCAGCUAGUUUGAAAUACUAUGUAAUUAUUAUUUGAAACAAUUGCCAUUGGCUUUUAUCAUUUUAACAUACAGUAAUUAAGCUCAUUGGAGGAAUAUUCCUGUCAA